CGCCGCCCGUGCCUUUCUUCACGUCGACCAAGCACACCCCACCACCCAACCUCACGAAAUGGCCGACUCUUGGAAGGACGGCAUCUUGUUGAAGAUCGUCAACGUCAUCGUCUACCUGCUCUUUUUGGGCUCCAAUGUUUACACCAUCGCAGGGCCCUCGGCGCCCUAUUCGAACGUGAAGGAGACUUACAUCACCCCUGCCCCUUGGGCCUUCCUCAUCUGGUCGCUCAUCCACCUCCUCCUGCUCGGGACCGUCAUCUACCAGUUCUUCGCCCCCGGGAAGCAGGUCAUCAUCGACGGUAUCAGUUGGCGCUUGCCCCUCCUCGCGGUCCUCAACGCCAUCUACGUCAAUCUUUGGUCCACAAACCACUAUGUCCUGGCAUUCAUCCUCGCCCUCUUCGUCUCGUCGACCACUACCCACAUCUACUACAUUGUGAAGAAGUACCACGAACCCAGCAACGUGGCAGAUGAACUCUUCGUGCACCUGCCGUUCUCCCUCUACCACGGAUGGACCACGCUGCUCGUCGUGUUGACCGCGUUUGAGGCGUUCGGCGUCAACGCCCACACCCAUGCUCCUGGCAUCUGGACCAAGGUUUUCGUCUUCCUCGGCCUGUUCUUCCUUGAGGCUACCUCUGCCACGUAUGCUUUCUCGUCUCUCGAGGGAGAUUUGCCAGCGUCCAUCGCCAUCGCCUGGUCGCUUUGGGCCAUCUUUGCCGAGCAGCGUUCCAGCGCGUUCAUCCAUUGGUCUGCCCUUGCGUUCGCCAUCCUCGCACUCAUCUGGGUCGUCAAAGGCGCCUUCGGAACGGGUCGCCGCUUCUUGUCCGGCCGUCGUGGCAUUGCCCUCGAGGACGCUGAGCGUGCACCUCUCGUCGGUGGCCACUAAAAGCGCGCCCACCUUGACCGUGGUCGCAUUUGUGAAACGGAGUCUGGUAAAUAGAAAAGCGAAAGUCCCAGUUCCCAAAUAAUGUAACGUACCUCUUGCGCCUCAUAGUCCCGUACAUGUGUAUCACUUCACGCACGUAUGAAUUGUAUAUUCCUCUCUUGCUAUUCUC